AUGACUCCAACUUUCAUUAAAUUAUCAUGUGGUUGGUGGUGUGAAUACCCAAUCAACUAUCGUCAAAAUAGAACCAAGAUGGUUGUUGGUCUCGCUGGUCUUUUCACUGCUUUAUACUUUACAUCUAAAGCUUUUGAGGUAACUAUAGUUCAAAACUCUACUCAACUCUUUGACUACUUUUUAUUUACAAAUCAAAUCAAACUAAAACAAUAA